AUGGGCUCAGAGGAGCACAGUUCAGCCAUGUCACAGAAGAUAUCGUCCAUGUCACGGAGCAACAGCAGCUCCUCGUCCAAACUUGACAGCCGACAGGUAACCAGCACCAACUGUCACGUCACUGACUAAUCCUCCUGCUCCAUCAUGCACCAUAGUUGGAGAAGUCUCUGUUAUGAAACUGCAUUUCCAUGAUCCCAGGGUUUGAACUGCUGGCCUCUCUACAUCCUUAUUAUCUGUCGAUAGAGUUUGUGUACGGAAAUAUAGUAUCCGUCAGUCCACAGGGAUUUGUCUAUGCCGUGGGAAGAGAACGACUUGAUAGUGAAUGCCUCACCGCAAAACUCUGUGGCUAGUCCCUGUGGUCUAAUAGUGCAAUCCCAUGGACAAAUUCUCACUGGAGAGUAUCUUUGCAUUUCGUUUCUUUAGCAGCAUGGAAAAGCCUGUGAGCCUAAGACAGCCCCACUUAGAAAAGUUAAGCACAAUAGAUCACUCAAAUGCAGUUUUGAAAUAUUUUCCUAUUGGAAAAUGUCUUGCAAAUUAGUUGACAAAUGCAAAAACAAAUUAUGUUUUCUUGUUCAGUAGCUAUCUAUUGGCAGCAGACCAAUUAAUUUUUCAUAACUCUAUGAAUAUUAAUUGCUUUUUACCUUUUGUCGUAAAAGUGCAAUAGCUUUUUGUCAAGUUCUGCCUGCAGGACAUAAUACGAGUGUUCCAUUACAAGUGCAGAUAAAUAUCAUCAGAAAGUUCAUUCCUUUUAUAAAUUCAUUUUAAAAAAGGUGAACUCUCGAUAGCCUGGCCUGCCCAGAACAAUUCGGAUCCCUUCAAUUUAUUUCCUUUUUCUGGAGAACAUUGCCAUCAGCCACAUGCAAGGGUCCCGAUCAUAGCAAUUGUAGAAAAGCAGACCAGUAGAACUAGUUUGUAAAUUUAUCUUUCUCCUAACCAAUGAAUUCUGUAAGUGCAGUUGUUGGCUCUUGUUCUAGUUAAAAUUCAUCAUUCAGCUUUUUUAAAAACAGAUGCAAAUGCAGAUUCAGUAUACCUCUCUGCAUCAUAUGGAGCUAUCUUUGUUUGCAAAAAAAGGCUUGUUGAUUUUUAGAGAUGCAAGUAAAUACAUUUGGUUGAUAACACACUAGUUUUCUAUAUACGCCACAUUUUGGAAGUAGAAGAUAUGGUCCAUUCUUCAUGUAAACUUUCAGCUGUACAUGCACUACAUUAAGAGAUGUGCCUGAUAUACAUUUUCUCAUGCUGAUAGCCAACCCUGUAUCCGUGUCUUUUGUCUGUUACGUCACUGCUUCAACUCCAUAUGUGUCCUGUGACCUUGGAGAAAAGUGCUCAGGCAGUGUGUGACCAUGAGUCAUUACGCGACUGUGUCCGAGGGAGCUGUGACGAGCUUUCAGGGAGAGUGGAAGAGCCCACAGACUCCGCCCCCUACAUCCACCAACCACCUUUACAAGUCUUUAAACAGUGUACCCUCCAGCUGUCCAGUUCUUUGACUGAUACAGUUUAUUCAGCCUGAACUGCCGUACUGUACGCUGGAAAAGUCAGGGACAUGCUGAGAAAACAAACAGUCACCUCGAACCUCUGCCAAGAACGCACAGUCCAUCUGAAUACCUGUGGUGGGAAUAUGUGUGGAUCAUGUGUAGUUUUGUCCCAGUAAAACUGAGUUGAAGGUGCAAUGUAAAAAUGCUGAAUCACCAGGCCAAUUAGCUAUAACAAGGAAGCAGCUUUGUCUUGCGUAAAUGAUUAUUGUUGUCAGUGUAUUUGGGAAAAGUAGUAAAAAUGCCUCAUGAAAUUAAGGGUCUUUCUUAUCUUGCCCAUUUAGCAAUUGCAUUUGAUUGCUGGCAUCAGGGGAUGUUUUACAUUUAAGGUACACAUCUGUUAAGAGAGAGACACAUUCAUAAGAAAAGUUGAUAGAACAUAAAGUGAGAGUAAGUCAUGUGCCAGUAUUGUUCUUUUCCAAAUGAUAUAACAGCCUUUGAAUACAUAUAAGUGAUGGGAAAAAGGCACAGUUGAAGAUUACCUCACUUGUUUUCUCUUGUCUUGUUCAGACUUGAGAAAAACCACAUCCUAUAUUUUCUUCAGUGGCGCCCAAUUAAAGCUAUUUACAAGGCCUACACUGUAAAACUUCUGGAGCAUGUUUGCUGGAAAUCUUGCGGCUGAUUUAUUUGAAAUGACAGUGAAUGGGUAAAGUAGAUUGGGAGCUAUGUUGGUUGGAAAUGGUACUCUGAUGACGUUAUCAGAACACUUAAACGCUCAUUUUAUAGACACCAUUCAUUUUUACAAGAAAAAAAUAGUACUGCUCACAACACAUAAUUAUGCAUAAAUGAUUUUGCUGUAUCCAAAAUAUUGAUCAAGUUUGUCAAUCUCUUGACUGAAUGAUUGAUUUUCUCACUGCUGUUUCCAUUAGGACCUAAACACUUAAAGCUGUGCAACAUUCUGUGUACAAAUGAAUGACAAAACUUGUUUAUUUUAAUUCUGUUUAUGUUGUCUUCCUGGAAUUCCUACCAGUAAAGUACAUGCCAAAGCGAUCUGGAUUAGUUUAGGAUGAAAUAUCAUCUAAAUCUCUGUAUUUGUGGGGGGAUUUAGACUUAAGCCCUCUAAUCUCAGACAGGAAAUGAUUUUUGUGAGGAGUGAGAUUAGACAGGUAAGCUAAUAUUAUAAUGGGACCAUGAGGUGAAAGCGGUCAGUAAAGCCUUACACGGGACAUAAACCCUAAUAGUGCUGCAUUUCACCCCUCAUACAUGACAACUGACACUAUAUGAACAGUCAGGAAUAUGCAUCUAUCUAUCUAUGCUCACCUCUUUUUCAUGUUUUUACCCUCUGAAAUGAAUUUCUCUCUGGGAUUAAUAAAGUAUCUAUCUAUCUAUCUAUCUAUCUAUCUAUCAGCUGCUUUAAAUUUCACCACUUGAGUUUGCUAACAUUAACUGUUAUUCUGUACUGAUCAAACUUCUGCCCACAGGACAGCUGGGAAAUCGUGGAGGGUCUGCGUGGAGGCUUUAGCUCUGUCCUGGAGCCACAGAAACAAGAAGGCUACCUGCUCAAGAGGAGAAAGUGGCCUAUGAAAGGCUGGCACAAGGUAUAAUCCAACAACUGCAAGGUCCUUAAUUGACCCUUGUUACCCCCGCUCAUCAGAGUGACAGACUUUAUGUCUUAUUUUUAGACACACCUGACAGCUUAAUGCCAUCUUCAUUUCCCGGUUGCACCGUAAGCUUCACAGGUUGUCUUUGACGAAAAAAUCUGCUGACAAGACUCAUCGGUGUUUUAAACUAAUUGAAUGAGCUUAUUCUAUGGAUGGUUUUGCUAACAGAGGAGCCACAUAUGACCUGGGUCAGUGCCUGAUCAUGCUUGGCCUAAAAGCUUUCACUGGGAUGAUACAGUCAAAACAUCUCAGUGUUCCUCUCAGAUACAUUAGCUGAUGGUCUGUUGUUUAAUAGAACUGUAUACAUUUAGUAUUGACUUACAGUCAGAGCCUCUCAGGUCUUUGCACUUUCAACAGUCUGAUUCUGAUUCUGGGACGUACAGUAAGAGCACUGAGACCCAUGUUUACAAAGAGAGUAAAGCAGAAGGAUUGCAUCAGAGUGAGAGUAAUGAAGGCAGACAGGGUGCAGAGAUGACAAACAUCUCAAUGCAUGAAACAUUAACAACACGCAUUCGUAAGAUGUAUGACAUGAUCACACAGUCAUAACAGGGACUCUAGACUUGCUGUCAGGGAUGUUGCAUACCAUCCCAGCUGUAUCUCAGUCUUUCUUUGUCCUUCAUUCUGCCUGCAGAGAUACUUUUUUCUGGACAAGGGCAUCCUGAAGUAUGGAAAGUGCAGCGCUGACGUGAGUACAAAAGCUGACUGGCUUCAAGCAGUGUGGUCUUGUCAGCUACAAAAGGUUAUAAAAUGAAACUCCGUUCUCUCUGUACUGACCCUGUCUUUCACCAAACAUUUAUCUGUCUCUGUAGUGGAAAAAAAAAAUCCAAGAAUCCUGUUACAUUGGUUGUCUGUUGUGAAUGAUCCUCACAGCCUAAACAACAACAUGUGUUGACUUUGCAGAUAGAAAGAGGGAAACUGCACGGCUGCAUUGAUGUAGGUCUCUCUGUUAUGGCAAUUAAGAAGAAAUCUAAGUGCAUCGAUCUUGAUGCUGAGGAAAACAUCUAUCACUUGAAGGUAAACCACAAGGCUAAUGAAAGUAGUUCAUUUGUCACUGAUUUCCACAAAAGGAGGUAUAAUAUGGAUUAUUCUUGCUAUUCCUUUUGAAUCCUGAGGCAGACGCUACCAUUGACUUCAUAAUGACCUUUGCUGUUGUUUAUGUGAUUAAGGAAGGAUUGCUGUUUUUCCACCUUCACGCCUCCCUCUUGUCCUUGUAUUGGUUUCUGACUGUGGUUCUCUCUGCAGAUUAAGUCACCAGAGCUGUUUGAUGAAUGGGUGUCCAAGCUGCGUCACCAUCGAGUCUAUCGGCAAAAUGAGAUUGCCAUGUACCCUAAUGAGAAGUCCUUCCACUACCCUCACUACCCCUCCCCCAACUCACCAGGCAUGCCUGACAGUGCCUCUAUUAGAAAGGUAUACAAGAGCACCACACGACACACAGUUACUGAAAUCUAAACUCACUGCAGUGCAGCUUCUCAUGAAUAUCAUUAUUCCAUCUGAAAUAUCUGCUGAAGUCAACACCCACUGACUGAAGACUUCUUUAUAGGGGCAAAUUGUUAUUGCACUGACCUUUGGGUCUGUUUGCUCUUGCAGUACAUGUCUAUACGAAGGCAGUCCACAGUGCCUUCAGCAGGAGCUUUCUCUUCAAACUGCAGCAGCCAGGCUAAGGUAGCAUCCUGGCUACAGUCAUCUAAUGACAUGGAUAAGUGCUCAAAGGGUGAGAUGACAGAGCUGUCCCUUGUGAUUUCUGGAGGAGAUGACACUCAGUAAUAGCUGCUCCUUUUCUUAUUGAACCAUUUAUUCUAACCGGUCUUUAUGUGUAUCUUCACUUUUUACAGAUUUGUCAGUGUGUGAAGCUUACCUGCUAGAGCUGAAUCACCUGCUUCAGAGUAUGGAGGUACUCCAUCGCACCUAUUCUGCUCCAUCUAUCCAAGCAUUGCAGGUUGGCACUUCAUUUAUAAAACCCAUAACCUUUAUAUGCAAGGCCAAUCAACCACUAAAUCAGAACUUCAGAUUCAAAAUACAAGCUGAUUCACAAUUUAUUGCGAGUAGCUUUUCUUGUUUCAUCUUUUAUCAUUUCACUCCACUAUCAUCUUUUGUUGCCCCCGAGUGAUUUGUCACUAAAUUUAGGAUCUCACUGCUGAAAGCGUUGCCUAUAAAAAGCUUUACUAAAAAUAAAAAUGAUCUGUCUUGACCACCGUUGCCAUCCGUUAUGUUUACAAGGCAUCUACAUUUGACAGCCCAAAGAAGGAAAAGAGACUUCAGAGGAAAUGGCGCAAAAAUUACAACAAAGAUGUCAAAACAACCCUGCAGGUAAUUUGCAUGAAAGUAAAGUGAUUUUUUUAAAAGUGUCUCCAAGCUGUACUCAUUCAGCCUUACUUCAGGUACCCAGCUGCAUCUCCUCUGGCUCUGUACGCCUCCAUGCCUCAAACCCCAACCUCUCCAGUGCUGCGAUAGGCAAUGAGAAGGCCGACACAGAAUCUUUGGACUUGGCUUUUGACGUGGGUAAGCUGCAGGAGGACUUCUGUCGAGUUGCCACCAAUCGUAAGUCAAAUGUUUGUAUGAUUACAACCUGGAUAAUGCAAAGUACAUCUCAUUAAAAAAGAGUGCUCUUUUUUUUUAAUUUUUUUUAGGAGUCUUAGUCAUAUACUAUCAAGAAACUUGUUUUCCUGCAACUGUUCUCACGCAGAGGAUAUGAUUAGCAUGUUGUUUGUCUGUCAUGAGUGUAAGAAGCACCUGUAGAGCCGUAGAAGCAGCAGCUCAUUACUGAUAAACUCCAUUUUCUUCAUUAGGAUUCUGAUGAUGCUUCUCAGCAUUUUCUCAGUUGUGAGUGAAAGAACUGCUUACAUUUUAUUCGACAAUGAAGUUUGGGGAAUAAUGAGUUUUUCAAUUCAUUGAGAUUUACAUUUGUUUAAAUACCUGAUGCUUAACAGUGCGUAAUGAAAUUGACUGUGUCGUGGGAUGCAUCACAAUUUUCACCUUCUCUGUAAAAAAGGUUUAAAGCAUUCAUUAGUUACAGCUCUGAAUGGCUGGCAUUUGAGUUUCUAAAUUUGUGCUCAUGUAACAUUACAACAAUGUUGCCAGCACAUUUUAAUGAUGUGCUUGCCUCCCAAGCACCAAUUAUGAAAGACGCUCUAAAAUGAAAGUUAUAAAAGAAAGAGAUAAUCGAAAUUUCUGCUUGUUUUCACUUUAUUGUAGGUAUGAGUUUUAUUGUGACUGGAUUACACGGUCUUGAAAUGUAUGCAGAUUUGUUGGCAGUUCGCAGCUUCCCUUCAACCUUUGUCCUUUUUGCUGCAGUGCAUGUGACCAUGACAUCUGCCCUGAGUUCACUAACAUCUGAGAGAGAAAGACUAAAACAAUGUCUGGACCACGAAACAUGCCCCCCUACCUCGCCACAGGUUGUUGGUUUGAAGAACGCACUGUCUUCAGUAAGUGAGAAAAACCACACAGCAAAAUGUGAUCAGUCAGUGGGCACUUUCCUUUUGUCUAUACACUCCUCUCAGAUGUCGUGUCCUCCCACACCACUCAUCAGGCGUGACAAAUGGACGAACCACUAAGAGCGAUUACUGGCUGCUGGUGUGAUUUCUGCCCACCUGAACAGGAGCAUGUUCAACAGUCGUGUUUCCUGUGACUGCUGCCGCCCACUCAGAGGCCUUUUCUAUUUUCUGUCUCUUGCUUACACCCGGUCAUAAUGUUACUGGCUUCUCUUGCCACGUCAGAACUUUUGUGCACAUUUGUAUGACUUAAAAAUACCUCUCCGGCUGUGUCUUUUUCUUCCUGAUUACUCAGAGAGAGAGGGGGAUGUAUUUUGGACUCCUUUGGCUGAAAACUUGGCUCUGUAAUUAAUUUAAAGGGUAUUUUUUAGUCUCAUUUUCAGUUUUAGAGUGGAAAGUAGGGUUUAAUGUGUUGGGUUUAUGCUAUACACAGUGUAUAAACUGGUUAUUUUUCCAGGCUUUAGCCCAGAAUUCUGAGCUGAGAGAGCGCCUGUGCAAGAUUCAUGCUGAGUCCAACAUCGUAGAGCCCACACUAAUAAAUUUCACUCCCCCCUUACAGGUGGGUUGCAGGAAUGCGGUGUUUCUGCUCCUUUUCCCCCACACCACCAUGAGAGUUAUACUUAUCUCUGUUUUAUUUGUUCAUCCCACCUGAGUUAUAAUUUGCCACAUGGUGAAUGAGCUGUCCUUUCUUUCUCAUCCAGAUUAAUAAAUGCUGGCCCCACUCAUUUGAUUCACUUUGGUUUAAAAUGCCUCUGACCCAAGAAAAAUGAAUCCAGUGUACUUAAAAAUGCUUCUCGACAGGGAACAAUGCCCUCUUUAUAUACAGUCUGAUCCUCUCCUUGCUUAGAAAAAGUGUCCUUUUAUUCUUGGUGUUGUGUACACACUCGCCUCACUUUCCCCCAGCCCAAAAGGAAGACCUUCCACUACCUGCCACAUUAUUGUCUCAUGAGGGAGCUCUUUGCUCACAUAAUCAGAUUUACUGGCCAGAGAGAGUGAGCUGAUAAGCUUAAUCGUCCCCCUGGAAAUUUGGUGAACACAUACCGCUAAGCUAACGCGCCUCCUUUGAGAUUAUCUCUGGGCUAAUUAAUCAGCACUGGUUCUGACAAAGGGGAGAGGGACACGCUCACCUGCAUCUGUGGAUCUGUGGAAAAUACCCCAUCUUUUUUUCAGUUUGUCCUGUUUGUGUAUUUGUUUUCAGCAGCACUUUCUGAUAGCUUUGAGUUCACUGUGAAUGUGCAUGUUGUUUUGUCAACACCAUCAACAUGUCAGGUGGAGUUUGCACACUAUUGUUUGUGCACCGCACACUUGUUGCAUGCUUGCACUGACUGACUGAAUCAUUAAGUGACAUAUUGGCAUACAGUCUUAUGAUGUUGACUUGAUCUAUAGUCUCAAUUAAUUAGUGGAUUUGAUGCAAGCUGUAAGUGAACCCUUCUGUUUGAUUUUAAAUUAAUCAUCAAGUAAAAUCAUGUGGCAAACUAAGGAUGACCAUGACUUUGUGUUUUUAAAUAAUAAUAACUUCAAUAACUUAUUGAAAGACAAAUUUUAAAUUAAAUGCAUAGGAGUUGUGACAGAUGGCUGUAUUUCAAUAUUUUGUGUGGUCUAAAUUUUAUAAGUGUUGUUGUGAUGGACUUAUACUAACUUGUGCUUGUACUUUGCUAUUUCAACCCUUUCUAGAUGUCAUGCUGUUGCCCUUGUCAUAUUUGUAAUUAUAGAUUUGAAAACUGUGUUUCCUAGAAACAGGAUUCUGUGGAUAAAUCCCCUCCCCUUGUACACCAAGUGUCCAAUGAGAGCAGAGCUUCGAUCACAGAGUCCUUGACAGAGUUCUUCGAUGCACAGGAAGUCCUGUUGUCUGCUAGUUCCUCUGAAAAUGAGGUAAGUGCGGGAGGUAAAACAUCAGUCUCACUAAUGUUACUGCUAGAGUCAACUGGUGGCCUCAGCUUCUAACACUUAUAGGUUUGAAGAAACUUUCUGUUUGAAAGCAAAACUGUUUUUUUUCCCCAUCUCUACUUCAAAUGUGCACCGGUUUCAACCGAAUUUACAGUUGAGGCCAAAAUUUUUAGCCCCCCUAUGAAAUUUUAACUUUUUUUCCAAAAUUUCCAAAGUGCUGUUCAACAGAUUAAUGAUUUUUUUACACAGCUUUUCCAAACAUCCUAGUUUUAUUUUGGAUCCUUACAUUAUUUUACUUUGCACACAGAAACAAAAUUAUUUCACAAAAAACAAAAACUACCAGGGUCAAAAUUAGUCCCCUUAAGAAUUGACGUUUUCAUUGAGCCAAAACAAAAACCACUGUUGUGCAAUCAUGUGCUUUCACUUUUGAGUGCUCACAGCUUGUCAUCAAUCAAUCAAUAAGUUAAAACACAGGGUCGUCCUACACUUUAUACACACAGUAUAAAAACCUCUUUACGCAUUUGAGCCGUCACUUGAGAAGGCAUCAUGGCAAAUACAACAGAAUUCAGUUUAGACUUUAGAAAAAGAAUUGUUGAUGCUCACAAAGCUGGAGAAGGAUAUAAAAAAUUAUCACAGCAUUUCCAAGUGUCAAGAAGUGGAGCGAAAAGUAUUAUUAAAAAAUUCAAGGAGAGCCACACAGUACAGAACAAGUCUGGGAGAGGUAAAAAGCAAAAAAAAUUCCAAGAAACUGUAAAGAAAACUGAUGGGAGAUGUGUCUAAACACCCUAGAACAACCACCAAAACAGCAGUUGCUGACUUAGCCAAGUAAGGAAUUGUGGUGUCAAACAGGACAGUCUCUAGAGCCCUGAACAGAAAUGGACUGCGAGGAUACAGGCAAAAAAAACUCCACUUCUACAAGAGAGACACCUUCAAGCCAGACUGAGGUAUGCUAAGGACAACUAGAGCUCUUUGGUCACAGAGACAUUGCUUAUGUUUGGAGAAAGAAGGAAGAGGCGUAUAGUCCCCACAGUUAAACACAGUGGUCGGAGUAUCAUGCUCUGGGGAUGCUUCAGUGCAUCUGGAACUGGGAAUCUUGUCAAGGUUGAAGGAAUAAUAAAGAAGGAUAUGUAAAGAUUUUGGAAGAAAACCUCAAGCAGUCAGCAACAAAACCGGGUCUGGGUCAUCACUUUGUCUUCCAACAUGACAACGACCCAAAACAUACAGCGCUCCUGGUGAGGAGCUACCUCCAGGAAACCAAAGUGAGCGUUAUUGACCAGCCUGCACGAAGCCCUGACUUAAAUCCUAUUAAAAAUCUGUAGGCUGCACUGAAGACCAGGGUCCAUGCUAGGAGACCAUCAGAUCUGGAGGAACUUGAAAGAUUUGCCAAAGAGGAAUGGGCUGGGAUUCCUCAGGAGAUGUGCCAGAGCCUUGUUACAAACUACAGCAAACGACUGCAUGCUAUUAUCCAGCAAAAAGGACACACAAUUGACUAUCAGCCUCAGGGGGGCUAAUAUUUUUGACCCUGGUAAUUUUUAGUUUUUUUGUGAAAUAAUUUUGUUUCUGUGUGCAAAGUAAAAUAAUGUAAGGAUCCAAAACAAAACAAGGAUGUUUGGAAAAGCUGUGUAAAAAAAUCAUCAAUCUGUUGAACAGCACUAAGGAAAUUUUCAUAGGGGGGCUAAUACUUUUGGCCUCAACUGUAGUUGCACAAGAAAGUCAAGCCAGUUUAAAUGGUAUUUAACCAGGGGUUCUUGCACCUGACAUCAGUAUUGUGCAGGUCAAACUUAAAAUUACAUUGCGGCAAUUAAGUGCUAUUCUGUCCCAUAGAAAAUGUUCAUUGUGAAGUGGCAUCAAGUGAAAGUCCCUAAAUGCUACAUUUUUAAUUAGUGUAUUCUAAAUAAAAAGGGUCUGCCCUGUCCUCUGUAUUCAGUGUUCAUGCAGCAUGCCUGAUCAGAUAGCAGCUGGAGUGGAAGCAAUGUGAAAAUGAAAGUUAAUUACUUUCAUCUAAAAAUACAGCAAGAAGACGUGCAAAUUUGCCACCAGGUCCUGAGGGAUAGUUCAUCCUCAGCCCAUUCAAUCUUCAGCUGGUGUGACAUGAUGCUGAAAAUCCUGCUUAGCUCUUUGCUGUAGUAAGGUAAAGAUGUGCAAUGUAUUUGUUAUCUGUUAGCUUAAAUCUUUUUGUAUGAUUUUUUUAGGUAUCAGAGGAUGACUCAAAUAUUAGUGACAUUAGUGACAAUAUUUCCAUGGACAACUUCAGCAAUGAGACAGAAAGUGGGAGACCAAACUCAGGUAAGCUAUGGGAGUUUUCUAUAUCGGUUCCUGUAUCCCAAUCAUUGUAGCUGUUUUCACUCUCCCUUAACCAUCUUCUUCCAGGCUCUGUGGAAGAGGACACUAUUCUGUUUCAGCGUAGAUCCUGUCUGCCUUCACCCAGCCCUAACAACAGCACCAUCAGCCUGUGGAACAUCCUCAGGAACAACAUUGGCAAAGACCUCUCCAAAGUGGCCAUGCCUGUUGCACUCAAUGAGCCGCUCAACACCCUGCAGAGACUGUGUGAGGAGCUGGAGUACAGCGAACUGCUCGACAGAGCUGCUAACACACAAGACCCCUUUGAGCGUAUGGUGAGAAGGCAAAGUCAGGGUGUGAGUGGGUGGGUAGUCACACAGAGGGUUGGUUCAGUCUCAAACUGCACAUAAGGGUUUACAGAAAUGUUGUUCAUACUUCAGCAGUCUACCUGAGGCUUUUAGACAAUCAAUGAAUAAGGUCUUCUAUUUGUAAACAUAACUUUACAAUUACAGCAGAUUAAUGUAGAUUUAAGCCUCUGUGGAGCGCCAGCCUGCUGGCAGAGGUAAUGACUGGUGUUGCAGGUUGUGUCUGCUCUGCACACACAGAAUGUAAAAAAUCUCUGUGUUUGUCUGCAGAUAUAUCUUGAAAAGACUGAAUUACUUAAGAAUAAGAAGAACUUUAUUAAUCCAUGAAGGGAAGUUCAAUUGUCUGUUGUCUCACAUAAUAUGUCUCUAAAAGUUAUCUACUAGAAAGAUAACUUCUCCUGCUUUAGGGCUUUAUCCUCCCUCCCAAUUUUAUUGACUUACUUUGGACUAAUAGUUGGUUUAAGUUUGUGCAUUUUUUUCCUGUUCAGUCGUCUCGUAGUUUCGUACAAAAGUCCAUUUAUUCUGUACCUGAUGGAUGUGAAGAAAAAAGCAGCUGAAGUUUGAGCCACUUCCAAACUGUGGCCUCCUUUUAUGAGGUUGAAGUAAUUAUCAGUGCUCUCUUGGCUCCGUACUGCUAUUAAGCAGUUACACAACUCAUUACAGUGAAAUAAUGAAGAGGAACACUAAGAACCAAUGAUAUGAGGCACUUUACACUGUAACUGCAGCUCUGAUAAUUUAAAGGUCUUUUUGUAAUCAUUUAGGUUCUCCAAAGAUAGAUGUUAUUUCAGAGUGAACUCAGUUAAGGUCAGUCUGUUUUUAAACAUGUUAUGAAAUGUACCUUUAAUUGUACUGUGUUCUCUGUCUGCAGGCAUAUAUAGCUACAUUUGUGGUGUCAGGCUACGCCUCCAGCUACUACAGGACUGCAGGAAAGCCUUUUAACCCCGUCCUUGGAGAGACCUAUGAAUGUGACCGGCCUGAUAAAGGUUUUCGGUUUAUAGCAGAGCAGGUACGCAUGAAACCAAAUUCUUCUGGCUUCUUACCAAUCACCUGGCUGUAUUAAAUACUUAUUUCUGAUCAGUCAAAACCUCAUAACAGAAUUACAAUUAAAAAUUUCAGGUUAGCCAUCACCCACCAAUCUCAGCCUGUCAUGCAGAGUCCAAAAACUUCAUCUUCUGGCAAGGUAGUGGAGUUCAGACAUGUUAUUCUUAAAUUACAACUGCCAUAUCCUCACAAUAACAAAUUUCUCCUUGAGAAAGUUGGCAGAUAAAGCCUAUUGUCAAUCAACAUUUUUGGCUGGUUGACUAAAAUCUGAAUUUAACUUCUUAUUUCGGAUUACUCUUUAAAGAUGUGAGGUGCAAAAACAAAUUCUGGGGAAAGUCAAUGGAGAUUGUACCUGUUGGCACCAUUCACGUAACUCUGCCAAAGUAAGUCUGCUUCAAUUUAUAUACUCUGACAUGCAUAUGCACUGACUUUUCAAACCCAGGCUCUUAGGAGAGAUGUCUUUUCUGUCCCUCUCUAGAACCGGAGACCACUAUGAGUGGAACAAGGUGACAUCCUGCAUUCACAACAUCCUCAGUGGACAACGCUGGAUUGAGCACUAUGGAGAAAUCUCCAUCAGAAACUCCAGUAGUGAUAUUUGUCAAUGCAAGAUCACAUUUGUUAAGGUGAGACAUGCAUGCUUAAAACUUUCAAGUGAAAGGUUAACAUUUAGCAGCUGUAUGCAGAUUUGUAUUCCUUCUCCAAUUAAUGCUACCAACAUCUUGUUCCAUAUUUUCCAUUUAUUGAGGAGAAAAAGGAGGGGAUCAAACAUACUUGUGUUGCUAUGCAACACUUCUCUGACUUAUAUAAACAUGUACUGCCAAAAGAGUCGAUGUCAGAACCUUACACCAUUCAUCAUAAAAGACAUCCAAAGCAUGCUUUUGUUAAGUUACAUAUACACUCACCGGCCACUUUAUUAGGUACACCUGUCCAACUGCUCGUUAACACUUAAUUUCUAAUCAGCCAAUCACAUGGCGGCAACUUAGUGCAUUUAGGCAUGUAGACAUGGUCAAGACAAUCUCCUGCAGUUCAAACCGAGCAUCAGUAUGGGGAAGAAAGGUGAUUUGAGUGACUUUGAACGUGGCAUGGUUGUUGGUGCCAGAAGGGCUGGUCUGAGUAUUUCAGAAACUGCUGAUCUACUGGGAUAUUCACGCACAACCAUGUCUAGGGUUUACAGAGAAUGGUCCGAAAAAGAAAAAAUAUCCAGUGAGCGGCAGUUCUGUGGGCGGAAAUGCCUUGUUGAUGCCAGAGGUCAGAGGAGAAUGGCCAGACUGGUUCGAGCUGAUAGAAAGGCAACAGUGACUCAAAUAACCACCCGUUACAACCAAGGUAGGCAGAAGAGCAUCUCUGAAUGCACAGUACGUCGAACUUUGAGGCAGAUGGGCUACAGCAGCAGAAGACCACACCGGGUGCCACUCCUUUCAGCUAAGAACAGGAAACUGAGGCUACAAUUUGCACAAGCUCAUCGAAAUUGGACAAUAGAAGAUUGGAAAAACGUUGCCUGGUCUGAUGAGUCUCGAUUUCUGCUGCGACAUUCGGAUGGUAGGGUCAGAAUUUGGCGUCAACAACAUGAAAGCAUGGAUCCAUCCUGCCUUGUAUCAACGGUUCAGGCUGGUGGUGGUGGUGUCAUGGUGUGGGGAAUAUUUUCUUGGCACUCUUUGGGCCCCUUGGUACCAAUUGAGCAUCGUUGCAACGCCACAGCCUACCUGAGUAUUGUUGCUGACCAUGUCCAUCCCUUUAUGACCACAAUGUACCCAACUUCUGAUGGCUACUUUCAGCAGGAUAAUGUGCCAUGUCAUAAAGCUGGAAUCAUCUCAGACUGGUUUCUUGAACAUGACAAUGAGUUCACUGUACUCAAAUGGCCUCCACAGUCACCAGAUCUCAAGCCAAUAGAGCAUCUUUGGGAUGUGGUGGAACGGGAGAUUCGCAUCAUGGAUGUGCAGCCGACAAAUCUGCGGCAACUGUGUGAUGCCAUCAUGUCAAUAUGGACCAAGCUUUCUGAGGAAUGCUUCCAGCACCUUGUUGAAUCUAUGCCACGAAGAAUUGAGGCAGUUCUGACGGCAAAAGGGGGUCCAACCCGUUACUAGCAUGGUGUACCUAAUAAAGUGGCCGGUGAGUGUAUAUCCAGGCUAUCGAAGGCAUUUACCUUUAUAUGAACUGAUAUUUUAUUUGUAUUCAUAAUUUAACAUUAAGGAAAAUCUCAAGUCUUAAACUCUGUCCACGCUCACUGAUUCAUACCACGUUGUCUCUGGAGAUAGAUUAAAAAAGGCAGCUUUUGGCAAAGCUGAGCGAUCCAAUGACAGUUUCAUUUUUACUCAACUUGAUGAACUGCUACAUCUUUAAAAUCUGCUCUCUGAAGAUACCAAAGAGCCUGCAGAGAUUUUAAGCAUUUAGAAGAUUUUAAAGUCUGUUUUUUAUUUUAUUAAAACUAUCAAAUGUGGUGAUACAGAAGGCUCAAUUUCUCAAUAUAUAUUUAAAUAUGAGGAGUCUAUUUUUCGGGGUCCCGUUGUGGGAAAAAGGUUUAAACUGUCCUUCCACAUGACAUUUUGCUUUGCAUUCAGCUAAUGUUCAUUUUUGUGUGGAGGUGUGUUGAUCCUCCCAGUACCGUCUGUUUUACCUUUAGAGGUAUGGACUCCUGUCACCUAAUGCCAGGUGUCUAGGUUUUUUGACAGGGGUGGCCUUAAUAGGGUACUGACCAUUAGAGGUGGCAUAAAGUACACACACUAACACACGCGUGAAUGACCACUACAGCUGUGUAAACUAUAUUCUUUGGUUUGAUUUUUUGGGAUAGAAAUCUAACACAUUAGAGUGGCAACAUGGAAGACUUCUGAGCCUCUAAUUCAGGAGGAAUAUUUUUUUUUUUUAAAGUCACAAUCGUAAGAAAUUAUAAAGGCAGGCAAACUCCUGCACACUGACUGUCAAAAAUCAAUUUAUACAGUGAGACAGCUCCUCCUGGAGAUCCAUCAUCUGGGUAAAUAAGUAUUUAUUAUGCAUUUCAACUCUAAGAAAUACCUCUUUGUAUUUUUUUAAUGGUGUAUUGGUCACACACAGAUAUAGGACGCAGUCUCACUUUUUAGAUGGAAGCAAAAUGUGUUCAAAUGGGGUCCUAUACAUAGAAUUAAUUGGUAGUUGUCUAUGUUGGUUGAAAUCCUGUCAUGAACCUGUGGAGUUUGCCUUUUCACAUGUGAUUUCACAUAUAAAAGUCAGAGUCACUUCUUGAGUUCCCUCAUUAGUCUCUAAACCAGGACCAUGUGGUGCCCGAGACCGCCUGCCAGCAUGUACUCCUUAGUGCCCUCAGAGUUUGAUGGCUGGAAGCCUUUAAUGAGAGGAGUAGGUUAAUUGCUUUGUGUGCCCAUUUGUAAGAGCUCCUAAAGCUGUGUGUGCAGGAUGACACGUUGUUACAUGUCAGAGCCCAUUAUACACCCUUAUCUGCCAUUUAACACAACAACACACCACACUGCAGUUUAUGCAACAGCAACAUCUGCUGACCAUGAGAGGGCAUUAAAAUUAUCUGCGCAACAUCCAUUCAUGGUAUUUCAGAAUAGCUCUUUCCUUGUUUUAAAGCUUGUUUUCUGUGUAUCCUAAUCAAACUAAUGUUGCUUUUACAGGCCAAAUACUGGAACUCAAGCGUGAACGAGGUGGAGGGAACAAUAACAGAUAAUAAAGGGAAGAUCAUCCGCAGACUCUUUGGAAAGUGGCAUGAAGCAGUUUUCUGUGGAGACCCGCCCUCAGCUACAUGCAUCUGGAGAACAAGUAUGUCAAAUUCUCUCCAUAAGACUGCAAGUGAUUUUGUAAUGCAGAUCUUCCAAACAGAGGUUUUGAGACUGUGAAUUUUAUUUAUGUAUAAUUUAGAUGCCAUGCCAGUAGACCACGAUCAAUACUUUGGGUUCACCAAGUUUGCUAUUGAACUGAAUGAACUCAACCCAGCCCUGAAACAGCUGUUACCACCCACAGACACCAGACUACGUGUGGACCAAAGGUGAAAGAACUCAGACAGAAUGACGAUGCACUCACAUUGUUAUGGAUAAUUUUCUCAUAACCUCAUAACCUACACAAACUUUCCAUAAAGAACUUGGAGGACUUGGUUAGUGCAGCUACAUUUCUGUCCAAGAGUGAUGAGAGACAUCUGAUGCACAAAGCAGCCCCUAAAUGUGAACAACUAAAAAUCUUAAAACCCAAGAUCAAAGUAGUGCCGAAGAGUGCUUUGCAAAACUAAUAGCUAAGAAUAGAAAGUAAUCGCUGAAGAUUACACAUGCAGCAAACUAUUUUUAGCUCACAUAUCCUGGUGUCAAAAAUUCUAAAAACUGCUGCUGCUGCUGCUGCUACAGCAGUAACAUGUAGAAGAGGAAAUUUCAAUUAAAAAAAAUGCUGUUGUAGCCCAAAAAUAUUGAAAAACAGUACUGUCCAGAUAGAGCUAUCAACAGAAACUUCUAUAGACAACAGAUAUCUUGCAGUAAAACAAACAAACAAAAAAAGAACAAUGAGAACUGAGUAUGAAAAUUACAGGAAGGGUUUGUUUUUUUUAACUUACAUGUUUGUUUAAUGACCGUUCCUGUGUAUGGAUGGCAGACUGCUGGAGGAGGGGGACCUGGAGGCUGCAGAAGAGCAGAAACAGAGGAUUGAAGAGCUGCAACGGGAGAGACAGAGGGUCUUGGCAGAGAGCAACAGCUUACAUCAACCUUUAUACUUCAGGUGACCAAAAUAUCCAGAUUUAUUAGGGCACUUCACAACAGACUUCUCGGUCUUUGAGAAAUGUUUUUACUCUUGUUGGUAUUAUCUGUACGCUGUACUCUAUUGUCCUUUUAAAAUACUAAUUUCUUAUUUUUCUUUAACCCCUUACAGGAAAUCAAAGGAUGAUACCUGGGUGAGCAACAACACCUACUGGGAGUUGAGGAAGGACUCUAAAUUCAGCCAAUUAAAUUUCCCUACACUGUGGUGA